AUGAGGGGAGAGCAGAAGGAGUCAAGGAGGAGAAGACAGUGUCAGAAGAAGGCAAAGAAAAAGAGAUUGGAGCAGGAAGGACAACGUGGAGGACAAGUGUUCCCUCCACUUCAUCCUGGACACUGGGCUGAGGCUUUGGUACCCGACUUGCAGACUUUGGACCCUCUCAUCAUCCCAGGUAAAAUAAUUAAAAAAAACUAUCAAUAUAUACACUUUUUUGAUUAUGUGAGAUGUAGACAUAUUGGUUAUUUUUAAACACUGUUUACCAUAACAAUUUAAUCUAAAUGAAGAUGUUAUGGUGCCUGUAGCCCCCCGUGCACUCUAUUAAUUUAAUGGGUUUAAACCUAUCCUAGAUCUUAAAGCCCCCCGGCAGGAACCAGCUUCUGAAACGGAGUUUCAGAAAGGUCACAGUGCCGCUGUGUAAUGGCGCCGCAGAUUGGGUAUGGCAAAGAGCUGCUGAUUAGCAUAACAUCAAUAUCAGUUAUAAAACCAGGAAAAGGUGGGCAUGAAUGGUGAGCUGAUAUGGUGGUGCAAUGGGCCACUUGACUGGAUUUGCCGCCCAGGCCUAAGGUUGCCCUUUCUGCAUUGAUAUAAAGUGCUGUAUGCAACAUUCACUUUGAUCACAGCAUACAGCUCAUCUAUCAGUCGGGGGGUCACUAAGUAUAGACCCAGCUGACAGAAGGAAGCCCCGGGUAUCAAUUGCUACCUAGGCAUUCCCAGUGCAAGCCGGGAUUAAUCCCUGCUCGCAACCAAAACUAGAGGAAGUUCCAUGCCGUCCUCAUGGCGUUAAAGCCUAAUAUUUUCACAACAACAUGGAACAUCCUAGUGGCAAGAAGGGGUUAACAUGCACAUAACCAAAGUAAAAACAAAAGUAAUCAACAGAGCACAAAAAAACGGUAUUGUAACUUUUCAUCACAUCAUUUUGGGGGAUAACUGUAUUAAAAGCAUUUGUUCUAACUGAUUAUGUUUGAGACGUCAAGGGCAGACAUGUGAGACCCAAGCUGUCUCCUGAGUCCUGAACCAGUUCUAAAACAACAUGCAAAGGAUACAAAAGUAGCAGUCCAUGGGGAAUGCUAGGAAUUAACAAUAUUUUAAGCACAGGAGACAGGUAAUAAAUGUGCUUUUAAAUUAUCUAGUGCUCUAGUUUUCUGUUUUUAUUACCCCCAGGUAUCAGGUCUCCUUUAAUGACACAAGUCCUCUCUACGGUGAACCUGGGGAAAAAUUGCCCCUCUACAACGAGUGAAAAUUGCAAAGCACAACGCAAAUGGGAUUUCGGAUUGUGCAUCUUUUAAGACACGACACCCGUGCUCAGGUGAAGGUUUUGAGAAAAUAAUAAACUUUAACAGAUUCAUGCUUAUGGUAAAUUUCUAAAGAUCAGCCAUCUCAGACGUUGUACAACAUGUCAAGCUAUCUGUUCGAUGUAAAAUACUAACUUAAUCAUGAAAAUUUUAAGGCCUCAUUAAAAAGUGGAUAAAGUCCAUAUUUGGGCUGGCAGAAUUCAAAGGUUAAAGUUGUAUAUUACGAGUGCGGCGCAGACAUUCACAGUCAUUAGCUCUUCGUGCCGUAGUUUAUUCUGCUUAGACUGCACUGAAAGGGGAAGAGAAAAAAAGAAAGAAAAAAAAAACGAAUUUACUAUAAUGAUGGAGAUUAUCAUAAAAUUGAUGGAUGAAUCAGUAUGAAUUGAUAGUAGUCCAUGGCUGCUGACAUAUGCCCCACUGACAUCCAAAUGUUUAGGACAUAAAACAGUUCAGAGAAACAAAACACAGAAUAUAAGAUUUUAUGCAGUGGCUGCUGAACACACAGAGCCACAUAAAGCAAUCAAUCACGGGUCUUCUGUUCGGGAUAACGGGCCUUGUGUGGGUCAACGUAUUCAAGAAGCUCUACAAAAACUGUUAUGGGGAGUCUUAGAAAAAAAUACAGCUACUUAAUUUUUUUAUUUAUUUAUGAUCGUUUUAAAGGGAUACAGAUACAUAAAAUUAGUAGGAAAAAACUAUAAUGAACUGUACUAGCACCUACGUUAAAAAUGUUUCAUUUUGCACAAUUUAUUGCUGGGAAAUGCAUUAUUUCAGAUGUGAUCGUGCAUUUAUUAAUUUUAUUUUUUAAAUCACAUGGCACAGUUUUUGGGGGGUAGCUUAACCAUUCAGGUGUAAGAGAACAGAUAAGCAAAAUGAUUUCUCUGUUUUGUCUUUGCAGCCAUUAACAAAAACCAUCUAUUUCUAUUUUGGUUUCUUUUUUUUUACAAUUUUGAUCUCCAGUGGAAACAAACUUUGAAAGUCAGACCAGUGCGAUUUAUCCUGACCUUUCUGCAAGGCUGCCCUAUAUUCACUGGUUGUCAGCACAUGUUGGGAAAGAGCCAUUCGUCAACGCCAGCCGUCACUCGUCUGCCAUUCCCAUCAGUCCCAUUAUGUGGGAUCAGAGAGCCGCGGAUAUCGCCGGAAGGAUCAUUAAGCCCCGGCUUUCAGGUGCAGCAGGUAGUCCAGGUGGCCUGUUAUUUAUAAUAAAGAAACAACACAGCAGAACUGCCUUUCUGUGGCCCAGGAGGACAGGAGGAAGGACAAGCCGAAAGAUGUCUUGGUGAAGGACAGCUAAAAGUGGACUUCUCUGUCCCCCUCUGUAAGCAGAAAGGAUUUAUUGAACAUCUGUUCAGUACAUGGCCUGGAAGAUUGAUUCAUUUAAUUGCUUGCACUUUCCUAAACUAACUUUUGAAUAUUUAAUGUCAAGUUUGAAGGAUAUUAUGCCUUGUUGUUCAACAACUUGAUUUGAAAAACUCCAGAAUGGUUUUCAGUGGUAAAAUCGAAAGUCUUUAACAAGGCAAAUGAAAAAAAAAAAAAAAAAAAAACAUCUGCAGAUUUGCUGCCUGCACAUUGUUAGCUGUGCAGUUUGGUUGACGGAUGAAAUAAAUGAAAUCCAACUGUUAGACUGAGUUUCUUUAAAUGUUACUGCAUAGGUGAUUGCUUCAGAUAAUCUCCUGUAUGUUCUGAAAGGUAGAGGGGCAGUACGCAAUGUGUUCUCAGCACUGCAAAAAAUGUGCUCACUAUGCUAGAAGUACCAAAGUAUCACCACACAAUCUCCUCUGACAAAUUGUCUGUAUCCUGUAGUUAUAAAUAAAGUUAUUAUUUACCUAUCGGCCGGCAAGAAUGUGUUUAGGCAGAGGCUUACAAGGGUUGUGAGGAGGAGGGGCAGUCAGAUGUUAUCACUGGUCCCGGAACUACAUAUGCAUGACAAAUAUUAGAUACAUAGAUGUUCACUCACACACAGUACAUGUACACAGUGGCAGAACUAAUACAGAUAGGACCCUGGCGCAUUACAUUUAUUGAGCCCUCAUAAAGAGCAGAGGUAGCCAGAAGGUAGAGCCACAUCUACUGUACAACUCCCACAAUUCUUGGCCAUCUGUGAAUCUGUUAUUUACCCAUCUUCAACAUAUAUGCACAGAUACAUACUCUGACACACACUCACCCUAUCUCUGAGUCCAGCUCUCCAUUCUGCAGGGUGCACAAUAUAUAUGUAAUAAGAGUAAUAAAUAUUCCCAGGGCACCAGCAAUUCUGGCUCCAGCCCCUCUCUAUAUUGCACUGUGGAACUACCGGCCAUGCCAUAUAUUGUGAAAUGGCCGACGGGCCCCCUCACCUGCCGGAGCCCUGGGCAGUCGCACCUGCUGCCCUGCCAGUAGUUCCAUAUCUGUGAAACAUACUUUAUUAAUGGUAGCAAGAAGCGUAGAUGCAGUUAGGCUAUAGUCACCUGAAACAGGUUCCACAGGUAAGCAGGGGUUGUGCUAAGUACAGGAUUGCAUAGAUCUUACAGCAAGUGAAUGUAUUGAUGAAAUUAUAGUACGACAAAGGUGCUCCGGCAGAACAAGAGCUCUAACACUGCUCCGAGUUUGAAACGGCGUGGUUUUUGAACAAAGAACACUUCUUUGCGGCAACAUGCUGAAAGUGGAACAUACCAUUGGUUUGUACAGCCAUUGUGGGAUUUUUAGCUAUACAUUCUCACAGUCACUGUGAUGACAGCAGCAUGCAGGUAAUUAAGGUAAUCAAGUACAGGCUGCUUUCCUCCCAUGUUUAUAUUCCUAGCAUAACAUUACUGAUUUAACCCCCACAAUGGGUUUUACAUGAUGCAUCCAGUAUCCUGUACACUGGUGAGAGCUAACAAUAUACCGCAUAGGUGCAAUAUAUGCAGGUGGGUGAUGUACACUUACUGUAGGCAACACCUACAAGCAUCACACGGCAGCCAUCCUAAAUAUUGAGAGCUAUUCCCUUGACUUUGGUAUGGCUCCCUUGAAGGUUUGAGAUCAGUGAGUUGACAUAUGGUAACUUGCCAUGUAGACUCUACAUGAUGGAUGGAUUAAUAUCUGCAAAGGUUUCAGUAUCAUCUCAUUCCGAAAAUGGCUCACAAUAACCUCAUCUACACAAUAAUAGAAGCGUUGUAAUGUGUUGAGAUGUUUGUACAUAUGCUCACAUCAUCAACCUGGAGAUGGUGAGAACAAAAUGAUAAAUGUAUACUUUUGUAAAAUUAUAUUGUCAAAUAUAGUGGAAUUCAGAUUUAAAAUGUAUUCUAACAAAAGCACAAUGCAACGAUUUUACAGAACUGGAACAAUGAACACAACCAAAUAUUUAGCUUUCAAUAUUAAAAAAUUUAAUUUGUAUUAAAAAUAAAUUUUCUUGUCUGUCGUCACAGUGUGUUCACUGACACUCGUGUGUGUGUUUAAGAGCUAACAAUCAGUGAUUGUAUGACAAUCUAGAAUUAUCAAGAAUACAUGCUGAAUCUGUCUUUGCUUCUUAUUUUCAUUUAACCCUUUAACCCUUUUAUAUUUUAAAGGCCUGCUGUGUUUCAGUAAAUUUGACCUAUGACCAGAGUGAAAGAAAGUUUACAUUAACAGAACACACAAAAAAAACAUUAUGUUUAGCUGUAAAAGAAAAUAAAGUAAUUUCACAAGGAAUUAUGGUCUAUUUCUAAUAUUCUAUAGUAGCUAAUCUGAAUUAGAAUAUGUUGUGUCCCCUGUGUUUUGGACGCUCUAAUAAAACACUUCCUGUAUCCUGCACCUGUCUGAACACGUUCCAACAAAGAUACAAGGGGGAUAAGCAGAUAUUUAUUAAUGUUUAAAUGAAAGCCAAUGUUUAUCUAGAAAACCUUAAUUAUACAAUCAUCAUAUGGUGUAGGUUUGAAAUUCUGGUUCCCACACAAGGCAUGGGAACAGUCGGUUUCCAUCUUGGAAGAGCUAUGAAAAAAACAAUCAAUAUAUUUGUCUACUGGAACCAGAUCUCAGAGCCAAACCAACAAUAUAACGUCAUAAACUACUGAGUUUUUUUUAGGCCAAGUACAAUGAUGGUUGAUUCCUGACUUAAGUCAAAAGAAACACAAAAUGAUUUCUUUGAAAGAUGCCAGUCUGUCCCUGAAUACCUUGGUACAGAAUACAUCCUGGAACAAUGGCUGACAUCGUCAAGGCCAGAGCCAGGUGCCUAGGCUACCUCUCCCUUUGACAUUAGUCAUACUGUAGGGAGCAGACAAUUAAUUCUGGAGCAAAAUUGAAAGUCAGAGGCAGAGUGUGAACGAACAGAAUGACAAUAAUAAAGUGCCCUUGCUUCACAUUAAUCUCCCUCACUUCAGGGCUGUCAGAGAAGGCUUGGCGGUGACUAAUGCCAAGCUUUGCAUACAGUGGUCACAGACACAAGCAGCCUGCUCUCUAUACAACAGCCACUGCUCGCUUUGUUGAGUUUUUGACUCCUCUUUUUGUUGUAUUGAAACAAGAAGACCUGUGGUCUUAGCUCUCCUUUAAUGUCCGACCACCGAUCGAGCUGUUGGAACCCUAGGCGUAACUUCCAAAGGGAUGUAUCGGCCUAUGUAAUGCUCAGUAACGUAAUUUUCAGCAGGUUAUUAAACAUCUUGCUGCAGGAAAACAAGGGUUAAAUAAAGUGCAAGAGGCGAACAAUUGAAGGGAACACAGACGAAUGUAUGUGCCAUUCAGUGGACUCACUAUUCCAUUAACAUUCCAAUAGUCUCUGAUGUUCUUCUGAGGAUUGUGUCUCAUUGAUUUUAUUGUCAUCUUUUGCACAAGUAGAAAAUGGCCUAACAUUUAAGGUGCACCGUAAUUAUUCCUGAAAAGCAAGACAUCAGUGUAAAAUUUAUUGUUAUAGACCAGACAUUUUGACAGAAAUACAGUAGAGUCCCAGAGUGCCAACAGAUUACUGAAAAGGUUAAAAAUCGGUUCCUUGGGUAAUGAGUAGAAAAAAGCAUUAAGAAGAUUCAGUUAAAAACCUGAAACCAUAGAAGCUUGGAAGAGAGCAUCGAUCAUUGUCUGGGCUGCAAAUUCCACUUCCAUAGGUACCACUGUUAUUGUACGACCAUUCAGAAGUAUUUAUCAUACUUUUUCACUUGUUUACUGACCAAUGUGGCAAUUACUUCAAUUUUAUGCCUGGUCAGUAAAGCCUAUUUAUCAAGUGCUGACCCAGGCAUAGAAUGUGAGCGGUUCACUCAAUAAAGAGCUGGAAAGAUCCCAUGUUUAAAUAGAAAAUCAGAGUAGUUACAGCGGGUUUGCAUGAUAAUAAGGGGGCUGUGAAUAUUCAGUAAUUUAUCAAAAUAGCCCAUGGCUCUGCUGAUCUGGUAAUGUGUUUUAUGUGAAUAGAACAAGGAUUACGACUUGCUAUAAGCUGGAGAGCAGAGAAUGGGAGACCAGACAGGUUCUCACUGCUGUACGUGGGUCACUUAGAAUGUUGGACCCCUUUUAGGUGGCUAGUGCAUCGUUACAGCCUGGUAGAAACCAACACUGGACCCCAGGGCACAACACAACUUGCUAAAGAAAGCUCAACACAAAAACGCAUCACACAACUGCAACUGUCCAUGGGAAUGUUCACUGGCAACUUUAGUAUUGUAAAUAAAUUCCAGGUCUCUGUGGAUACUGGCAAAGAGCCAUUGCGAAUGUGCCCAUUCUGA